AUGGCGAAGGCGUUGGAGCUGGGUUUGGAAGAAGAUCACCCCCUUGUGUUGAAAUCCAUCUCCAAGAAAGAAUUGUCUCUUCAUUGCCGUCGCCAAACUCGAGGCACUGAAAAGACAGCAACGUUAUUGCUUCAUCUUUUGAAAACGUUUGACGGCGAACAAGGACGAGACACGUUAGGUGUGUGCUACUCCUCGACUCCGAGAAAGUCUGGGACAUAUGGAAGUCGCAGGAAUGCCAUGUGUCCUGUAUACAAGAUCCUGGGAGUGUUCAGCUGAACACCCAAACAAGAACUUUGGUUUAAGGUUGGUAUACGUAAGGUAAUGAAUCUAUAUGAAAGAAAAAGUAUUCUUAUUCUUUACUACAGGCGGUAUUACCUUACCUGUGUUGCGCUGUGCACGUGGCUCAACGUCAUUGGAGUCUUUCCAUCUGCACUUGAACAAGUUAGUACCAGGUAAAAUGAAAUACAUCUCAAAUGAUCCAACAUUAAAAACAGUAGCAAAAAGAAAGCAAUGAUAUUUUUCAAAGGAAGGUAGUUUAAUUAAUAGACAAUAUCGCACUAAAUAUCAAUCAAACAACAAACACAAAAAACACUUUAAACAACACUUUAAAUUCUACUAUCUAUCUUAACAAUCUAGGUGGAAUGAUCACCAGAAGAACCUGGAGAAAAGAAUUCUCACCCGAGAAAUUCUUCCAUCACCACCAAAUACAACAUUAACACCACUCCCAGUCUCCCACCGUUUGUCUCGGUGCAUAUUCGAAUGGGACCAAGAAAACCCUGGACUCAAUGCGGCCAAAUGGGCCAAUAGAGCGGAACUUUCUGCCAGCGGUGUAAGGAAUCCGUCAACCGCGGCUGUGCGGAGUGCAGUUAGCAAGAAAGAGCUGGCAGGACACUCUAGGAGAAGAAGGUGAGGUGUAGAGGCAACCGAAGCGCUCACGCGCUGCUGGAGUCUUUUUCAAUGGCUACAGCCACAGAUGUUCUGGGAGUCGCCUUGUUCAGGGAUGAGAUGGUGACGAGCACAGGGGACAUAUCCCCUGCAUCCAAGAUCCGCCCGAAAUCCCAUUGUACACCGUGAUUGGCCAGACUAAAGAAGAAUGGAAAACCCUGCCAAUUUAUCGUUGUGCUCGUGGGGGUAGCUACCUCGCUGGAAAGCUUCCACCUUCAUCUAGCAAGGUUUAUUCCAGGUAACAUCAUGAUUAGCUGGUUGAUAAACAUAUUUUAUAGGUAACAUUGUAUAGGUAGAGUUGGUGAGUGCUGUGCAUGUGCAAAUUGACAUUGAGUUUCAAAAGAUACACAGACUCUUUGACGUAGCGAAUGCUGGGUUGAAAUCCCAGAUCUGUCCCAAUUGCAACUCAUGCUGACUGCAUUAUUUAGCUUGCAUGACAAGUAGACGCUAAAUAAAGAAUCUGUUAUGACAUUGAACUGAAAUGGUCAAUUUGCAUCUAAUUAUCAUGCAAACUAAAUUUGUCUAUUUCAUUCAAAAAAUAUUUCAAUUAAAUCUCCAGGAACAUCAGUAAGUGGAGUGUCAUUUCAAGUCUACCUGAUAGAUUGAUUGGCGCGAUGGAACCUGCAGCGCUUGUAAGACAGUAUGGAAGGUGCGGGCGAGAAAAUGUCACAAAGCUUUGACAUGUGGCUGAAGCAUCGUUUCAAUGCUUCGUCUUCUGUCGUACACAACAAACCUGCUCUGUCAAGCUUUUGCACCCCACCUGCAUAUACAGGAGAGAUCAUUGGUAUGUGAUACAUCUUCGCUCUCAGACUGGAGAUUGUCAAGGUGAAGUGCAAGAGCUUGACAAUAAAUCGAAGAGGCGGAUUUCAACAUGGCCGAUGAUGACGAAGAAGAUACGUUGGAGACUGACGAAACUGUGACUAUGCCAGAGCAGUGAUAGUGGUAAUGAGGUAAUAAUCCCAAUCAGUAUAUAUUGGGGUUAUUAACUCAUUGCAAUGGACCUGUUACUAUUUUAGUUUUAAUUUAAAACAGGAAGACGAGGAGGCAGCUGUCGAUGCAUUGGGGAUUCCAGGUUGGGAUAAAGUUGGAAAGCUUGCGUCUUCUUUGUUGGCCUUGGAUGGCCAUGUUACCGACAAGCAAGCAGCUGAAAUAACCCAGCUUUAUCUUAACCUGAGUAUGACAAGAAAGCUUUGGUGUUUCCUCCAAAGUUUAAAAAAGCCAAAGUUCGGUUUCUAAAAAAAAAUUGACACUGCUUGAAGCUGUUGGCACUGCAGCAAUGGCAAGGGCGCAAGCUAUAAUAUAACAAAUGCUAAACUGUAGCGGCAAAAGGGCAAAAAUAAUACUAAUUUUGGUUAAUAAACUUAUUAUUAGCAUGACAAAAUUACUGGAUGCUGAUUGGUUGAGAGGAGUACAAUUAUUUCAUUAAUGGUACUGCAGUACAAUUAAUGAUUUUCCCAAAACAAACAAAGUGGCGGAAAGGUAUUUUAACAAAAUACAAAUGUGAAAUGAAAUUGCCCUAGAGGAACUAGAUGAAAAUACGAACAAUAUAUUUUAUUAUUGGACUAUAUUUUAUUGUUGUACAUUUCAGAACUUUUGUUAAUGCCUAAUAGUGGACAAGUUGCACAAAGUCUUUCACAAAGAGUCGACCUGUAGAGGCAAUCGUGUUACGAUUGGCUGGGGAGGCAGUUAAACAAAUUAGGGCAAAAGGAUCUGGGAGUCCCUACCUUUCCAAGUGGAAGGUAGUAGUUUUACGGGUACACUGAGGAAUACUGUCGUCAACAGUCGCCUCUACGAGCCUACAAAUCUUCAAUUGUAUCCAGUCAAUGAAACUAACAAUUUCAAAAUGGUAAGUGUUUAUAAUUAAAUUAAAGCAAUCUACAUAGCCUGUGUAGCAACCGGGUUUUGGGGGGAGUGCUUGCGAGCAUGAAAAUUAGGGCUGGAGAACGGUGCGCGGGCGGUGAAAAACCGUCUGCCGGUUUUCCAUACAUUUUUCAAUUGCCAGUUCACUGCCCACUGGUGGACUGGAAAUACGUUUUGGCUAAAAAUGAUAAAUGACGUCAUCGCUUAUUUUAGUCGCAAGAUUUCAAUGUUGAUGUGCAAAUUGAAAUUGCUCGGAGCAAAUUGCAACCGCUUUUGACAAGUUACAGAAGCUACAAUAUUUUAAGAAUAUAUUUGGAAGUUUUCGUUGCCCAACAACUUGUACAAGAUUUAUAACGAAUUUACUCCGUAGAGUUUCACUUCGAACUAACGCAUUUUUAAUUUGUUACGUAUAGGGUCUACAAUGGAUAAUUCGUCGUAUCCUGUAUUAAGAACGAAGACGAAGUAAAACGCAAUGCAAUAAUCCGCGACUUGUUAUAUGGAUAAUAUUUUCCCGUUCUAUUUUUUUUUGUAAAGGUGUUUCCUUAGCUCUAGUUCUGGUCCAGCCCAAUGGCCUGAUUAUAAUAGGUACGUGGAAGCUAUUAUCUCACGAUUAUGUGAUGUUCACCCUGGACCGGAACGAUCUGGUGGUACGACAACAGCACGGUGGACCCUCAUAUGCAAGAGCUAUAAGAGCAUCGGAGAGUGCCUGGCCAAUAACGCCAAGGGAUCAAAAUAACGCCAAGGGAUCAAAAUAAGAAAUAUACUUUUCAUAUUAGGUACAACAAACGGGAGAAGAAAAUGGAGCGAGACGUUUUGAGGCAAGGAAUACGAUUACCUCUACCUGAGCAAGCAUCUCAAGACCCACUACCAUCAGCUACGCCGUUGCCUUCAUCUUUGGCAAUACCGGAAAACACAACUGGGAAAGUAAAAGGCUUUGUUAGACGUCCAGUACCACUACCACAAUCACCACCAGUACUACCACAGCCUCAUCCAAUUUCUUCUCAGUCCACAGUUAGUCAAUCACCAAGUCAACAGAAUCGAAGCCAGUUUUAUUACCAGAAACGGAAAGCGGAGAUGGAAGCGUCUGGGAUUUCUGUUAGGAAAUACCAGCGUUCGUCCAAACCCGUCACAUGUGACAAGUGCAAACAGAGUAGAGAUCCGGCUACACACAGGCAGUACUUCGAGAAUUGGUAUUGCUAG